CGGGUGUGACGUCAGCGCGGCCUCUUUCCUGUGUGACCGUGGGAGGUGCUGCUUGUAGCCGCCUGUCAGCGUCACUCACCCCCCAGAAGACAUCACCACCAUCCGUGUCUGGGACUUUUUUUGUUUUCUCUCUGUCUGUCUCUGACAGUAGUCCGCUCCCUGUCCUCCGUCAUGCCCAUGUACCAGGUAAAGCCCAUCUGUGGCGCGCACGCAGAGACCGAUCUGCCCACCUGCAUGUACAAGUUACCAAAUAUCCACGCGCAGAAAGGGAACAGCUGCACUCCCGAGCACGCGCUUCAGAAUGGCGAGGUGGACCCAGCGGUCAAAGCUCUGGAGGCCCGGCAGGAUGAAAUCAUGAGAAAACUGCACGAGCUGAAAGCGGCCGUGGAGGGCCUGGCCAAAACGGUGACCACCCCAGAUGCCGAUCUGGACCUGACAGUCAGCAGCAGCCUCUCAGAGAGCGCCAGCUCCACAACUUUUAAAGGGGUCACAGACCUGGACACUGUACUGGGAAAGGACCUCGGUGCUCUCCGUGAUAUCGUCAUAAACGCCAACCCGGCACAGCCUCCCCUAUCUCUGCUGGUCCUCCACAGCCUGCUUUGUCAGCGCUACCGGGUGCUCUCCACCGUCCACGUCCACUCCUCGGUUAACGGCGUGCCACCACAGCUCCUGUCCUGCCUCGGUCCACGCCAUGCGGACAGCUACGCCCGCCAUAUGUUCCAGCUGGGCUUCACCCUCAUAUGGAAAGAUGUCCCCAAACUGCAGAUGAAGUUCAGUGUCCAGAACAUGUGUCCCAUCGAAGGUGAGGCCAACGUGGCGCGUUUCCUCUUCAAACUGCUGGCUCCCUACCCCAGUGACCCUGCCCUCACCACAAUGGUGGACAGCUGGGUGGACACGGCUUUCUUCCAGCUGGCAGAAGGCAGCACCAAGGAGCGAUCCACAGUCCUGCGGGCCCUCAACUCCGCUCUGGGUCGCAACCCCUGGCUGGCCGGUCAGGAGUUCUCCUUGGCUGACAUUGCCUGCUACUGCUGCGUACUACAGAGCGGCUCGGCCUCCGCCGCUCCUGCUAACGUCCAGCGCUGGAUCAAGUCCUGUGAGAACCUGGGUCACUUCAGCCCUGCCAAGCAACUCCUGCAGUGACUGGGGACGUCCCGGGACCAGACACAAGAAGGGCGUCUAACCGAAGCAAAGUGAGAGAAGGGCAUUAGAAUAUUAAACUACGUUAGCCAUGUCUGUAACAACUUCCAAUGCUUCCCUCCUUACUAGACUAUAUAACAGAACUGACAUAGACAAAUAGAAGCACUAUGGUUGACGGUUAAAGUAACAUAAAUAUUUGUCUCGGCCAUGCUGCUUUUGUAUAUUAAAGAGAUUCUAAUACUAUUUUUUGCAAGGGAGGAAGCACGAGAGGACGGUAAAGACAUGGGCUUGGAUUAAAUCAAAAGGUACUGACAGAUGUUAGUCUAACACACACUGUACACCUUCCACCCACUUUGUGCCUAACAUGAUCCUGUUCUACGUGUUUAUGUCUGGCAACGGGUAUUACUAGAUCUUUUCAAAAGUAAUACUUUGUACCAUUUUUGUUUUUCUGAAAUCAUUAAAACUUUGGAUCAAACUUUGAA